AUGGCGCUAGCCGGAGUGCUGCUGAGGCCGGCGGACGCGGUCACGCGCGUCGAAGGCAAGACCCCCUCCAAGGACGUCAAGACCCUUGGCGCCAACACGCCCUCCAGCCAGCCCCAGCGGCUCCUGCUGCUACCGCGGCCGGGGCGCAUGCUGCAGCCGCUCCUGAUGGUGGCCCCGCUCUUCCUCCACACGCUGGCGCUGGACGAGCAACGGCGCUUGCGCCAAGAGGUCGACCGCCUCACCGAGCUGGUGGGCAUGGCCGAGCAGCAGGCGGGCCUCGUCGACAUCGGGCGGCUGGCCGAGUGGGAACGGGAGGUGGACCCCACGCUGUUCUCGAUCUCAUGCCCUCGCCAUGCUGCUCCUGACAAUGUACGGCGGGCGCUGGCUAGCUGGAUUGCUGCGGCCCAGCUCACCCCCGAGAUGGUCGAGCUCUAUGGCAACAUCCCCGCCAGGCGCUUCUGGCUCCGCACCCGGGGCGGGCCUCCCGUCGCCUUGCCUCGAGCCCUGGCUCUGGGCAAGGCCCUCCGGACAGGUACUGAAUGGCGCACCUUCGAAACCACCGACGUGGACAACGCCCCCGUCCGCCUCUACGUCAACCCCGACAAGACAGCACCCACGAUACGCAAGGAUAUCCACACCAGGAAGAUGCAGCUGGCCCUCCAGAAGGUCGCCCCGGGGCACACGUGGCGCGCGGUGCGCGCUCGCGGCGAGGUCCAUUCUGCGGGGACGCCAGUGGUGCGUCUGGGGAUACGCGGCCAGGACGAAGACACCAUCGUCCAGUGGAACCAUAGCGCCGCUGACCAUCUGCGCCUGGACAAGCCAGCAGUCCUUCGGGAGUUCCGCGCCUCCACCGUCACGGCAGACACGCGGCGUCUACGCAAGCUGCGCGUGCUCUCCGAGCACCUGCGCCGCGGGGCCGUUGUGGUCAUCCAGGAGGUGCACGGCUCCGAAGUGAAACUCAAACAAUGGCUGGAUGCGCAGCCCUUUGAGUACGACUUCCGCGCCUCGUUCUUGUCGGCGCGCGCCGGCGGGGUGGCCACGCUCUGGCCUCGAUGCCUGCACGCCGGGCAGCCCAUCCAGGCGCGCCAUAUCCUGCUCGCCCGCGGCCGUGUCAUGCUGCACGAUUUCUGCCACCAGGACUCGCACUUCCAGGUCCGACUGCUCAACGUGCACAACUAUGAGCUGCCGGAGCGGGCCCGGCAGGACAUCGGCCGCUGCUGGCGCCAGGCCGUGGAGUGGGCGGCCCAGGACCACCAGCACCGGCUAUUCAUCGCAGUGGAUGACUUCAAUAUCGGCGAAACAGUCCCACAGAGUUAUGAACAUCCGAACCCUCGUCAUGCCACACUGCGACCGCGAGUGGGCCAUCAUGCCCAUGCGUCCUCGUGGCAACCUUUGUUUGACUUGAUGUUGGAAGUUGCCAUGGAUACCCCGACCCACUUCGAUCGCCAGCAUUAUUCCGCGAACUCCCUGGACAGAAUCUUCCUCAGCCUCCCCACGAGCGACCUCGCGCAGCUCGACAUGCAGGCGGAGGUUCUUCAAGAUGUAGCAGGGAUGUCAGACUCUCGGUUGAGUGAUCAUGUGGUGGUGCGGCUGAGUCUGGGGUUCCAGACGGGGCUGCCGAAUGCGGAUCGCUCUCUCCCUGCUUUCAUCUUUAAGAACCCCCUGUUUGGCGCCAAGCUCGGCCAGCUCUUGGAGUUGUCGCACUUAGACCACCUGCCUGUGGUACAGCGCUGGCAGUGCCACAAGCAACUCAUGCGGCUCGCCGCGCAGUUCGUCCGUGACCAUUCGCAGCGGCUCCCUGGAGACGACCGCUCGCCGCUGGCAAAGCAGGGGCGCCUGGUGACGCUCCGGGCCAUUGCCCGGGCUUGCUGGCGACAGGACGCCCGGGUGGCUUGCCUCCUGCGGAACUCCACCGACCUGGGCGCCUUGCACAUCGACGUGGUGGACGGCACAGUUGUCCUCUCCGACCCGCAGGAGUUCGCUCGCGUUGCCCGGGUCGCCAACGAGACGGAGCAGGUGCGCAUUCGCGAAGCCGCCGCGCGCCGAGCUCGCGAAGCGUGGGCCGCGAAUCAGCCUCUGGCUGCCGAGGGGCUUCGACGAGCCGAGCGCGUUGCUGUGCGGCGCGACCUAGCCUGGGCCCCCUUUCGACGCAGGGUCGUCCUUGCGGGCAUUCGCAUUGACGACUCGUCGGCCGGUGACCAGGUCGCCUCCGAUUCCCAGACCAUGCUCGACGCCAUCAGGGGUCACUGGGGCCCGAUCUUCAUGAAACCGCCCGCGCCCGAGGAGGAGAUUGCUGCCUACAUCAACCAGCACAUGCCUGCCAGCGACGUCUUGGAUUUAGCGGUGCCCUCCGAAGCCGAGGUGAAAGCCGCGUUGAGGACAGGGCGUCGAUCGCAGCCAGGACCAGAUGGCUUCACUUACGACGCGUGGCUCCAGUACCCG